UUGCUUAAAAGUGAGAAUUUUAACUUUUUCGAACGUUUUUCGUGAAUUUCGUACUAUAAGUCUUAUCGUAAGGGCGAUAAGAGCAAACUAGCAUCAUUUGCAACUCCCGGCGUCGUUCCCGUUGGAAAAGCGUAAGAAGCUUGGAGAACCGCAGCGCGAAAGAUCCCCAAAAGUCGGGACUGAAACCACGGAAAAGGGUUCUGCCUUUUGCAUUUCCCUUUACCUAAACAGGAUCCUUCGAGCUACGGCUCCGGGAAGCAAUCAGCAUCCAGGAAUACAGAAAUCUGCGGCCGAGACGUGUUUGUUUGGGUACCAGUCGGAACCUGCUCUGGCAAGCGGCGCAUUCACGGUGACUUUGUAUGGUAGGCCCAGGAAAUUUGCCGUUGGUUUGUUGUUUGCGAGAGAUUUUCGGAUCGAGAGUCGAACGAAUUAAUGGAAUCGGAGGCUAAGAACAAAUCGAGAAAUAUCUCUUCCGCGUUUCGGUAAGGUUGAAAUCCAUAUUGGUUAAGCAUGGAUCCGGUAUUGGUGAAGAACAUAGAGCUGGACAAAAUUUGUCGUAUCUGUCUAGUAGUGAAAAAAGAAAUGCGCCCUCUUUUUGGGGAAAUGGUGGCCGAAAUGCUUAUGGAAAUAGCGAAAAUUGAGAUCGAAAACAGUGAUGGAUGGCCAGACAAAAUUUGUGUCCAAUGCAUACAUCAAGUGAGCCGCUGCCACGCGUUUAAGACCCGAGUUGAAAAAUCCGAUAUAGCUCUCCGCCAGUACAUAAAAGGCAUCACUGUGCUGGAUGAUCAUCAAGUGAAGAACAACAUAACCACGAUCGAGUUGCCAAAAAUGACCCUUGGUUCUCCCAAAUUACAACCAAUUACCCAACCAGUACCUUCGCAUCUUCAUGAGCUUCAUCUACAUCGGGCUGAUGUGCAGCCUAUUCAAACGGAACCUCCAACGGUUCCGACCAUGAUACUAACUGGCACACAGCUGAUCAAUGGACCUCAAAUCAUUAACGCGGGACACAUAAUUACUACGGCCACUGGACAACAAAUCCUACAAGCGACACCGCAGUACCAGGCUACGCAGAUAGGGCAAUUUAUACACGGCCCCAAUAACACAGUGCAAAUGAUAACGCACAAUGGAAAUCCUGCACAUGUGCUACACAUCCAACGCACAGUAGAUGAUUGUGAGAUAAUUGUGCAACCUGAAAUGGCCGAGUCACAAUACUUAGAAAAUGUAUCAGCUUUACCGAUGAUGGUAGCAGCGCCCAAUACAACGAUUCCAACCGACCAACUGCAAGCGCAACAAUUACAUGCACAUAUUACCAGCCAACAACACGAGCAGCAUCAUCACGUUAGUCUGGAGGAAAGCGAAACACAUUCUCAAUUACACCAGAAGCUUGAUGAAGACAUCGAUUGUGUACUGGUAGAAGACGAGGCUAUUGAGACGGAUGAAAUUAUUGAAGAGGACGAUGGAGCAGAUGCCGCGGAUGUAGAAUAUUACCCCCAAACUGAUUGCGAAGAAAGUGAUGAGGAGGUCAAACAGCUUGAAGAAUGCGUAACGUAUCAAUCAUCCUGCCCCAGCCCAAGCCCCGGAUCGUACAUUUGUAAUCUUUGUUACAAGGAGUUUAGUCAACCGAAAUGGCUUCAAAAGCACAUGUCGCAGCAUGCAAACUGGAUUAAGGCAAAUUGCAAAAAACAACCAGAGUGUGAGAUAUGUGGCAAAAGUUUCCGUGGUCCAGGAAUGCUUCGUAUGCAUAUGAAAACGCAUGAAAAGGUUAAUAAAAUUCCAACCUGCAGCAUCUGCAACACAGAGUUCAAAACAAAAUCCAUUCUUUACCGCCAUCGACAAACUCAUUUUGAAAAAAAGUUCGAAUGCAACAUUUGUGGAAAGAAGUACAACUCUAGAUAUCAACUUAACAUUCAUGAACAUCGCCACGAAGUCCAGAAAACUCAUACAUGUCAGCAUUGUGAGCGAUCGUUCUUCAAUGAAACGGAAUUGACGAAUCACAUCAAGCAACACAUGGGCAUCAAAGUAAAAAAAAAUAAAAAACCUGUAGGUAACCGAAGCUAAUUGGAAAUCGUUUUCCUUGCGAAUAAGCGUAGAUUAUCAUAGAUAUUGAAGCAAGUGUUCUGAGACACAAACGAAUCAAAUUAAAUGUAAAUAUCUGCCCGCGACAUACAAACUAAGAUAGCGAGUUUUCCCAAUAGAAUUAAAGUUUCACAGAAAUACGAUAGCCAAAAGUAUGGAAGUGUAGUUCUGAAUAGUUUGGCGGUUAAUGCGAUUGUAGAACCGGGCGAUGCAGUUUACUGUUUCCCUGAAUCGUAUUCGCAUUUUAUCAUCCCAUUCCUUAUGGAGCAAACGGUUGUAAUCUACGGAUUAUAAAGCAGCGUAACAUAAGUUAGGAAGAUUAAACGACAAAAAUCCAUGUAACGAAGCUAGCAAUACCUAUAUCACGAAUUAUACCGCAUUAGCGUUUAUAAACAUGCAAUCCAGAUGAUCGAAAAUUGAAUUGAAUUCAUGUUGAUUAGUUGUCAGUCAGCAUGUAUUAGUAGAACUUAAAUAAGGAUCCAUAUUUUGUUUCAGUGUUGGACUAAAUGGAUGCUUUAGCUAUUGUUUUUGUUUUGAUCAUGAAUUAAAUGAUUUUUGUUGAAAUGCCAUGCAUUUUUAUGGUAUGAUUAGAUACGGAAGAGAAAUUAUUUUUUCAUCAUGCAAUGUUUAACCUGCUCUUUCUUUAUAUGUUUAUUUAUAAAUGAACCAUGUGUCACAAAGAACGUUUUGUAAAUAUUUAUAUAAGAAAAUUCAAAGUACACAUUGUAAAAUAAAUAGCGAAAUUCGACA